AUGGAAGAUCAGUCCAUCGAUAUCCAGCCAUCGGCUGUAGAACAGCAGACAGUGAAGCAGUCCCAUGCCACGUUCGAAGAAGAGCUAGAAAACUUGGCAUGCCGUUUUAUUGUCAACUUGCCUGCCAAUGAGCUUGCGUCGAUUGAGCGCAUUGGCUUUCAGCUAGAAUUGGCACACUGGUUUUACCUGGACUUUCUGUGCCCCCAAAACUCCCAACUGCCUACUUACAAUUUCAAAAAGUUUGCGCAGGAGUUACUUCGAGUGUCGGCGUCUGUGGUGCCGCUCAUUCAGCUAUACACGUCCAACGGCUCAAACAGCUUGAACGAGGCAUUCAAUCAGUUCAGGCAGUACAAGACGCGGGUACCAGUUUGUGGUGCUAUCUUACUUUCCGAAGACUGGACAGAGUGCGUGCUCGUCAAGGGAUGGGGAAAGAAUGCGUCGUGGACAUUUCCAAAGGGCAAAAUUAAUCAGGAUGAGGAUCAGCGCGACUGUGCGCUCCGUGAGCUGCUUGAGGAGACAGGAUUCGAUGCGAGUGAACUGCUCGCAAAGGACUCGACGGACUAUUUUGAACACAGGGACAAUGAGCAUCGCAUACGCUUGUACGUCGUGCCUGGUGUACCCCGUAAUACACCCUUUGAGGCACAAACGCGCAAGGAAAUUUCCCAGAUUGAAUGGUUCAAAUUGGGUGACUUGCCUACGGCCAAAAAACCCAAGACACCCUCUCCCAAGCUGGGCGGUCGCUUCUAUGGCGUAUCGCCUUUCAUGAUGCGUUUGCGCCGCUGGAUUCAAGCAAAUAAGCGCACACAUCCUAAGCGACCGACGCAGCCAGAGCCAAAAGAGAAGAUGACUUCUGUGAAUAUGGACGCUGUAUUCGGUAUUCAAAAGCCCGGGUUAAUCGUGCUGCCUCCUGCUGCAAUGCGCCAAAUUUCCAACAAAGCAAAGGCCUCACAAAGUGCACAAUCGUCGCCACCGACACAACCGCCACCACCUCCAUUGAAUGAUCACGACUCCAAAAAGAAUCUUUUGCUCUCACUCCUGCAUGGCUCGCAGCCACUGCCGGCCCCGCCGCCCAUUGUCAAUGAACCGCGUAUGGACGGAUCUACAGCUCUGGGAAACCUUGUCGGUGUUUACAAAGGCAAUGAGACAUCAGCUCAUUCAGAUGAGAAAAACAAACAAAAAUCACUACUUGCCAUACUUCAGGGCUCUUCCAAACCUCUAGCAGAGCCACCAGCUGUGCAGCCUCCUCCCACAAACACACCUCCUGUACCUGGGCCAUGGCCAGUUUCAUCGACGUCCAUGCCUCGUCCCGAUGAGCAUCGCAAUCAGCUUUUAACGAGUCUAAUGGGUAGUGCACCUCUCUCGCCCAUGCCCACGGCGCAACCGUCUCCAGGUUUGUCAUGCCCGAAGCCUCCUGUACAAGGUGCGACGCCAGUCCUUGCUGUUCCUCCAUCAGCUGGGCCCCCGCCAACAGAUCAACAGCAGACACUGCUAACCUUGCUGAGCCCCUCGCAACCUGCCGUGCCAAGGCCUGGACACCCGCCACAAAUGCCUACGGCUCCACCCAGCUUGGCACCAUCUACUAUUCAGUCGCCGCCAAAUGCAGGAAACGCUGUCAACCUACUUAGUAUCCUGAACCAGGCUCCAGCAGAGAAAACGUCGCCCGCACCCGAGUCACAGGAAACAAAGUCUCUCUUAAAUACACUAUUACAGGGUAGAGGAGCAUAG